AUGGUAAUUUUAGGUGGGAUCGGACCUCCGAAAUCCAGGCCGGAUUACGUCACAGACAUGGAUCAUUGUUUUUUCGAUAUAGAGGAUGUUAUAUCGGAAACUAUGACACGACUACCGGAGGACUUCACUCUGGCUGUAAAAGAUAUAGCCGAAGGUUUGCCGGCUAAAACGAUAACAGUGGUUAGAGGAGAAUCUACUAACAUCAGGUCAAGUGAUAUGUUUGAACUAUUUUGUCUGCUAAGUGAACACAAGGUCCAAGUAAUUAAUUUAGAUCUACAUACGAAAGAAAACAAAAACAAGUAUUAUAGUUUUCUAAAAAAAGCCCUUGACAAUUCUGAAGAAAGAGUCAGCCUCAUUCUCUGUGAGCCGACAGAAUGUGAAAAUAUUCUUAUAGAGUUAACAGACAACAACUUGAUUCAUCGGACGAUCCUGUACAUCUUCUUUUGGCCUCGAGGGUUCGUCUCCGACAAGUUUUUGAACACCAUCAGGGAAGCCAUGCGAGUAGCGGUCAUCACGAACCCAAGAAAAAAUGUAUUCCGGGUCUAUUACAAUCAAGCAACGCCCAACCGGCUCAACUACUUGUCUAUGGUCAACUGGUGGUCGGGUCGACUGUACAAGUCGCCAGUGCUGCCCCCUGCCGACAAAGUGUACGAAAACUUCAGGGGAAGGGUGUUCGACGUCCCUGUUUUACACGCACCACCAUGGCACUUCGUGAAAUACAACAAUGAUUCUACUGUAAACGUCACGGGGGGCCGAGACGACAAACUUCUGGCGCUACUGGCGAACAAACUGAACUUUAAAUAUAAAUAUUACGAUCCGCCGGACAGGAGUCAAGGCUCUAGUAUAUCGGGCAAUGGAACUUUUAAGGGAACCCUGGGCUUGAUUUGGAAACGCAAAGCAGAUUUCUUCAUCGGAGACGUGACGAUGACGUGGGAGAGGCUGCAGGCGGUGGAAUUCUCAUUCCUGACGUUGGCGGACUCUGGCGCGUUCCUUACUCACGCGCCCGCCAAGCUGAGCGAGACUUUGGCCAUAAUCAGACCUUUUCGGUGGGAGGUAUGGCCUUUAGUAUGUGCCACCAUUCUGGUCACGGGCCCAGCUCUAUGGUUCGUCAUCGCCGCGCCUUCUCUCUGGCAGCGGCGCCGUCGGGACCAACUAAAUCUCUUGAACAAUUGCUGUUGGUUUACAACUACCCUCUUUUUGAGGCAAUCAUCCAGCAAAGAACCAUCAAAGACGCACAAAGCUCGCUUAGUAUCCGUCCUGGUUUCACUCGGGGCCACCUACGUCAUCGGAGACAUGUACUCCGCCAACCUGACCAGUCUACUGGCCAGGCCGGCCAGGGAACAACCAAUAGGGACCUUGCAAGCCCUGGAGGAAGCCAUGAGAGACCACGGUUACGAGCUGGUCGUGGAAAGACAUAGUUCUUCGCUGACUAUUUUAGAGAACGGGACGGGUGUAUAUGGCCGUCUCGCCAAGCUAAUGCAUAGGCAGCGGGUGCAACGCGUGCGCAGCGUCGAAGUGGGCGUUCGGCUCGUGCUAUCUCGGCGGCGGGUCGCCAUUUUGGGAGGGAGGGAAACGCUUUAUUACGACACUGAAAGAUUUGGUUCACACAAUUUCCACCUGAGCGAGAAGCUGUACACGCGAUACUCGGCCAUAGCGUUACAAAUCGGGUGCCCUUAUCUCGAAACCUUCAAUAAUGUCGUGAUGACACUAUUUGAAGCUGGCAUACUAGCGAAGAUGACAACAGAUGAGUACAAGAACCUUCCAGAACAAUCUAGAAGGUCAGAACCUGUCACGGAGAGUGACAGGGAAAGUGGGGAGAUCUCAGGAGAUUCUCCAGCCGCAUCCCAGACAGACGGACAGACUCAAAGUGAAUCGACAAAGGGUUUAGAACCCGUAUCCUUAGUGAUGUUACGCGGAGCAUUCUGUCUGCUUGGAAUCGGAUAUCUUGUAGCAGCGCUCGCUUUAGUUGUGGAGAUUCAAGUAUACCGCCGGAGGAAGCAUAGAAUCCAGAAAUUGCACCCUGUAGACAGGAAGGUUUCCACCAUCAGCGCCCUCGGAGAGAUCAGGUCGAAGGUCAGGGGUACCCUCGGAAGGGUUGUACGGACCACGUAUGGUUACAUCGAUAGGGCGUUAGGCCCUGCUGUCUAA